AUGAGGAAGCAACUUCACGCGGCCUUGUCGACCACCGCGCAGCGACGAGAGCACCUCGAUCAGUGGCAUCACUCCUUCGAGAUGGCUCGUGCCACGCUGAGCGGGCGGCUGAAGUUGUCCGUCACGCAGCUGCUGCACCAUCUGGCCUUCUUCAGCAACCUGAUCCCAUGCUUCAUGGAUUCGGGCUUGGAUGUCUUGCAGAAGCUCCUCGAAGAGGGCCCGGACCGGCGGCUACAACGAAGGUGUUUGGCCAUCCUGGCUGAGUUGUGCGGGGCGGGUCGACUGGACUUGGAGAGUGCAAGGUUUGCCCUUCAGCAAGUCCUGGACGGCAUGUUCUGGCCCAUCAAGAGGCAAGGGCAAGCUGCGCAAGAUACGCGCCUCUUCCAGGAGUGCCUUGACCUGGCUUUGGACAUUGCGGAUAGCCAGGGCAUUUUUGCUGGUUGCUAUGAGCUCAUUACUCCUGCACUGGCUGCCUCAGCCAUCCAGCAGCUACUGGAGAUCAUCGACUCACACCCGACCAGGAAGUCGGAGAUGCUACAACUUCUGAGCCGGGAGUUCUCUCAGAAGGUAAGAGGGCACCCUUGUGCCAGCCAGCCUCUCACUGCCAUCACCGCUUGGGUGGAGUGGUCAGGUGAUGCCAGCGGCACGAGCUCCUUGCCAUUCCUGCUCUACUCCGCGUUUCGCACCGAGGUCGGCCGGAGGCUGCUGGAGCUUCACGAUGAGAACGGCUCUUACAAGGUGCAUGCAGUCGAAGAGCUCCAUAGAGAGCAGGGCUUGCACCACCAAGAUGGCGCCGUCUUCGCCGCUGUACGACGGGCCGCGCGGCACCAUCUGCUGAUAGAGGCCGUUGCGGAUCGAGUCGCCCGCAGGCAGAUGACUGCUGCAGAAGCCAGGCGAAUGUUGGACUACCUGGGCGGUGCAAGCGCAGAGGAUCCAGAUCCGGCAAGCCUGCUCUUCUUCCACUCUUUGGUGCUGCAUGCGGGCUCCAUGGCGGCUGCAGGCAAGGCUCUUGAGGUUCUGUUGCAGACGUCCGGGUGCGGCGAGGGCAGUGUCCUUCGCGCAUGGGCUGCAGCACUUGCCAAGCCGGAGAACGCAGCAGCAGGCCCGGGGACAGUCCUGGCGAGGAUCCAUGGCAAGACCUGCCUGCUUCUGGCAUGCCUGGCUCUGGGCUCAGGCUUCGAAGGGGAGCAGGCUCGGCGGCAGCGAGAGCAGCAGAACCAGGAGCGGGCCACCCUCCAAACUGCAAGGGGCGCAAACAUGAGAUGCUGCCCACGAUGCGGCAACCCCAUCGAGAAGAACGCAGGAUGUGAGCAGAUGACUUGUGGCGCGCAUGCGCAUCAACAAGUCACUCACCAGCAUGGUUGUGGUCUUGAGUUUCACUGGAACCAGGCCCGCCCGUACCAACCACACCUGGCGGAUGCGAGGCAACCGCCAGGCUAUUCGGCCAUCCUCACGUGGGUCGCGCAAGAACAGGACUACUCAUCGGCCCAGGCGGCAGAGGCCGCGGAGGCCGCCCUGCAUGGCCUCUCCAUGGAGGACCGGCGCUACGCCAUCGCCAACGCCUGCGCCUGCACCUUCUUGAAGAGGGACCAGAGCCAAGAAGAGUUGGCCAAGGCUCUCCUCGCGGAGCCCCCGGUCCCACUGCGAGCGGCCCUGGGCUUGCAGGAUGCCAAGCUGGCCGCCAUUGUCGCCAUGCUGUGCGACACAAGACCCUUGAACCAGGAGACUUCGCGCAGUCUCGUUGCGGCCGUCCUCUUGGGGCAAGACGACUGGGAUGUGGCGGCGGCAGGGGAUGCGAGGAACCGCGCACAGAGACUGCGGCAUGCCGUGGUGAACCUCUUGGUGGCGGUCCUGGGGACGCCCAACAACAAUCACCUCCUGAUGCUCUUGCUUGAGCCCCGGGCCAUGUUGAACAGCUACCCCGUGGGGUUCGUGUAUGGUCUGUGCCCGGGUCCUGAGGGCUACCAUUUCGACUGUGGCUGCGUGCUUGACGACCACGGGCACGCGAUCAGAAAUCGGCCGCCCCUGCGAAACGACCACUUACACUGGGUGAACUUCUGUAGCUGGGCCAUGCUUUCGGUUGGCCUCCUGGUCUUCCCAGAUAGCUGCGACAGCAUUGAUGAAGUUCUGACAAACCGCUAUGUCGGAGAGGUGGACCCUAGAAACUUAAGGGGAGGUGCAUCGCGGGCCGACAUGGCUCGGAGCUUCGCCAUGAACUACGCCAUGCGCUGCUUCGAGUGCGUCUGCUCUCGGCAGGGGUUGACUGAGGAGGACCGCUCCUUGGCGUUCGCGCGGCUCUUCCAUGACUUCCGCACUCGAGCAGUUGCAGGGCCCGUGGAGUUCAACCGCACCUUUUCUACCGCCGAAGCCCGACAAGCUUACGAGGAGAUCUGGCGAGACAUGGUUGACGCGGUGGUCACGUCACUUCCAGAUCUCAGGCGUGAAGCCCUGCAGGUCUCCAAGGCACAAGCUUGCAACACCUAUCCUCUCAUGUUGCAGGAUUUCCGGGCAUCCUUGAGCUACCUGUACAAGUUCUUCCAUUCCUUCCAAGCCUGUGCUUUGGCACUGCCCUGGGAGCCGGAGUUCGCAUUUGUGGCUGCCAUCGCGAACCGCCGCGAAGAGCUUGCUCAUCUACCCUUGCUCGGCCACUUCGUGCAGAUCCAGAACUGGAUCUUCGAUCGCCUCAAUGGAGUCCUUCCGGCCAAAUGCCUGGACUGCAGCUCAGUUGAUCGGCCGCUGCUCGAACUGCUUCUUCUGCGCCAGCAGACAGAUGACAGAAUGGAAUCCCGCAGCAACGCGCGACAUUGCCAAUCCAUUCGACACUCCUUUGAUUGCUUCGUGCAGGGUUGGAAGCAGUUUCAUGAAGCCAAUCACGGCCAAAUUCCCAUCGAAUGCCAGGCAGGGCGGGCGGCUAUUGGCCUGGAGGCUGAGCAAACAAGGCUGGCCACGAUUCAGGGCGAUGGGAAAGAGUUGCCCUUGAGGUUCUUCCUGAGCGAUGCAGAUGCGAAGGGCCAGCCACAACUGGUGGCGGAGUAUUUGUGCAGGAUCUGGAACGAGGUGGUUGAUGCAGCCAUCAAAGCGCUGAGCCACAUGCAGAAGGGCCACACAGCGAACUGGGCCGCCCAGAUGCGGAGAGCGGCGCCGGUGUGGUUGGCGGACCUCUUCUUCCAGGAGCAGUUGGUGGACGCCCUCACCAGCCAAGCCGUGGAGCGGGCUGUGCGGCGGAACCUCCGUGGUGCGGGAACCCUGGCACCAAGGAUCGAUUGGCAGGCAGCCCAGUUGGAGAUCCUCAGCACUUCCUGGAUCCACCGCAUUCAGAAGCUGGAGUUCCCCGAGCUGCCGGAGUUCCGGACAAAACAAGCCCGGCCAGAGGCAGGAGCGACGCAGCAGGCCCUCAGCGAUGCAAAGAGGGAGGAGCUCUUGGACAAGUUGGCCCGAAUGCAGCUUAUCGAGCUACAGACCUGCAGGGAGGCCGUUGCUCGGAUCCUCUCGCAGCUCAGUGCCCCAGGCGCGCCCCAGGCGGCUGCAGUCUUAGAGCUCGAGGAGGUUGCAGCGCAAGUGUCGCACCUGCCGGCCGCCAUGGAGAUUUUGGAGGGUGUUUCGACUGCCGCGCUUCCACAGCUCCUGCAGCUCCUCAAGGAGGAGAACGGGGAAUUCAGUGGCUUCUCCUCGGUUCUGAAGGAGCCACCCCCAGUCGACUUGCAAGCGGCUCUGUGCAAGGGCUGGCCACGCCCGGCAUCCUUGAAGAAUGCCACAGACCUGGCAAAGAGAGAUGAAGUUCUCAGAGAGACGAUCACUGAGCUGGAGGAGGAAAACUUCGUGAACCACGUGAUCAGCCAGGAUACGACGCCUCUCCGAAAGCUCUACGCGGAGGCGCAGCUGUCUGACGUGCCAUAUAGCAAUCCGCUUCAUGGGCUCCCUGAUGGCAUUCAUGGUCGGCACCUGGUUGCUGUGCUGCAAGCACUUCGCUUCAUGCUUCGGGAGGUGCGUGCCAAAAAGGCUGAGCUGGAUCGAGGCACGGUAUGGAAUCCAAGAGACGGCUUGAAACCUUUGCCGGGUUGGAUCAUGGAUCACAUGGACCAAGUGAAGGCCGAGGCAGCCCGGAACGCACACGACUCCCACUCGAGCGACUCGCAUUCUGCAGAGGAGAAGGAGGCUUGGUGGGAUGGCAAGCCAGACCACAUCCCAGACGGAUCGGCGCUACCCUCCAUCCUCACGAGCGCCGAUGUGGAUGUGAUUGGGUUUGUGUGGUGGGCAUGCCAAGCAAACCUGGAUGUCCCGGAGCAUGUGAAGCGCUUCCUAUCCAAUACGUCCAUCAGCCAGGUCUUGCAGCGUGCGGGCUUCCACGUGGACUCCAUCCAAGAAGGGAGAAACCUUCAGGGCAGCGAUGCCAAGCAGGAAGAGUGUCUCAAUAAGUUCCUGGAUAUGUACGAGGCGCAGCUCGCUGCCUGUCCCCGCGACACAAGCACAGCUUGGCAGAGACCCCUCUCCGCCGUCACGCUGAUCCCCUUGGAGUCCUUGCUCAACUGCCAGGAGUCGAUCGACCCCGAAGCCGUGAGCAGUGAGCUGUGGAAGGUCACCGCCGAACGGUUCGGCUCUGCAGGCGAGUGCGUGCUGAAGCAAGUUUGGCAGCGCUUCGUCGAACGCUUUGGGAGGGUUUGCAGCGCUGACCUGGAGCGCGCGGUGGGCGGCGUCCUCGAGGAGGAGAUGCCCGCGAUCCUGCAAGUGCCCAGGGAGGCCGAGACCGCAGCGGUUGCCGGCCGCAGCGUCCUGCUCAAGCAUCGAGGCCAAUACUUCCGGGUGCUGUCUACGCAGGAAGGCGAUUGUCGACCGGAUCCACGCGCGAGCUCGGCUGCCUCGUUGAUUCAGAGGUCCUGGCGCCGUCAUGCGGCCCGCCAGGCUUUGGCCCUGGCGCAGAAACCUCUCCGAGAUUCUCUCCGAGAUUCCGAGGAGCACUCAGACCCCUUGCCAUCUGAGGGCACUCCUGCUGGCAAUGAGACUGGCGAGACCGCGGCUGUGGAGAACGAGAGCUGCCCCGAUCCGAAUAUCGGCACUAUCGGCAUGUCCACACACACGGCACACAAUGCAGAAGCCGGUCUUCCUACAGCUCUUCCCACGCUGCGCUUGCGCUCUGCCUGCUCAGCGGAGGGGCCUGAUUCUCAGGAGAAGCUGGUUGACCAACAUGCCGUAACCUUGGAUACAGACAAGGACGACCUGCAAAGUCUACAAAGCUUUGCCCCGAGUCUUCCCAGCAUGGUCUCCGAGUGGCAAGUCGUUGAUGAUCGGCAGCGGCUAGAGCGCUUCCUGCUUCCGGCAGAAGAUGUCGGGUCCUGGAGGACAUACGAGGUCCUACCGGAUUGGGCGGGUGCUGAGAAAUGCUUACCCAGCUUCGAGAAGGCCAUGCAGACCUGGCUUCCGGAGAAAACCAAGGACAAGUUGACAAAGUCUGUGAGCAAAGAAUGCCAAAGGAUAGCCAUCUCCAUCAAGGACAAGUACGGCAAAACGGCACCCUCCAAUCUGUCGAACGGCGAACUUUUUGUGCUUGUGGCGUACGCGCUCGACGUGCGGAAGAAAGAUUCAAAUGCCAACUGGGACAUGAACUUUUCUUCUCGACUGUCGAGGGUGGCCCGGCACCAUCCUGGCAGCGAUGACCCGAUGUCCGUCUGCCUCGGCAACUUCAGCGGGGCUUUGGAAAAGCGCCUGACGAAGGAGCCCCAAACCCUCUACUGCGGACUGACUCCAGAAGCGCUCCAAGCGCUCCGAGAGCAAGGCCUGAAGCAGGGCGACGUGGUCUACUGGCCUUGCUUCAGCAGCUUCACGCCGAGCCCCGACAUCGCAGCCCUUGCCGCCGGUGCCGAGGGGGCUUUAGUGCGGCUGACCGCCGUGGCCAGCGACCUCUCCGAGUUUCGUGGAGCCUGCGGAGAGGAAGGUGGGGAGUUUGUCCUGCAGCCAAACUGCCGCUUGAGCGUGGUUGGCGCUGCCAUUCCAGGUCAACUUGCAGAUGAUGUCCCUGCGCAGUUUGUGGCAUUGGAACUGGUGGAAGCCAACACUGACGAUGAGGAUGACUUCUAG